AUGGAUUCGUAUGGUUUUCUUGAUAGUAUUCAAGUGGAGAAGGCACAUGCGCUUUCCAGACACAAGCGGUUUAACAACAUUUCCAGAAUAUUUAAAUUAAUCGAAGUCUUCGUCGCCGUUGCGUUGAUUUCAUGGUCGUCGACUCGCCUUCCUACGGUUUUUAAAGUAUCCGGCGAGUAUCUGUACGCCUGUUCAUCUUACAUAUUGAAUCAACACGUCGUUUUUCUUAUCGGAAAUUUUAUCGUUCUUCUUUGUUACGUUUUCUCCGGUCACAUGGAGGUCGGAAACGAAUCCAUUGAUCAUGAAAUUUCCGAAGAGAAUAAAAGUAGAUCUAUGAAUCAUCAUAAAACAAGUGACGCCACUUUAGAUGGAGAAUUGCUACGGCCGCCGGUGGAAGAAUUACCGGUGAUUCACACAGCCAUGGAAGAACCUCAAGAAAAAGUAAUUGGGUUUGAGAAUUCGAUAGUGAAAACGGAGUCGGAAGUGGCGGCGGAAAUGGCAAUCAAGCAGGCGGCGAAGCAGAUAGAGAGAUUUCAAAGGACACAGUCGGCGAAGUUGAAGCGAGAGAUAUCGAUGCGGCCUCGUAGCGAGUUGAGGAGGUCGGUGACAGAGAGGCGGAGAAGCGUUUUUGUUACUGCCGGAAACGGAGACUCGCCGGAGAGUUCAUCGGAGACGGUCGAGAGGUUGAGCAACGAAGAGUUUCGGCUUGCCGUUGAGGCUUUCAUUUUAAAGCAGCAGAGCUUUCUCAAGCAGCAAACCGUGGAUAAACAAUCAUAUUAUUAG